AUGAACAGCGAAGAUAAGACCCAGAAGCCACCUGCUGCCCCAGCUGCUGCUGCUGCCCUCAGCACCACCAACACCAAGCCAGGCUCCAGGGACAGUGGCGCUGGUAGUAGUAGCUUGGGCAGCCUCACAUCUGUAGUCCCCACGAGCCACAAGAAGAUCAUAGCAACGAAAAUUUUAGGGACAGUAAAGUGGUUCAACGUGCGGAAUGGCUACGGGUUCAUCAAUAGAAAUGACAACAGGGAAGAUGUGUUUGUUCAUCAGACUGCUAUCACGAAGAACAACCCCAGGAAAUACCUGCGCAGCGUAGGUGAUGGAGAGACAGUGGAGUUUGACAUCGUGGAGGGCAAAAAGGGUACGGAGGCGGCAAACGUUACAGGCCCCGGCGGAGCUCCGGUUCAGGGCAGUAAGUACGCGGUGGAUCGCAAUCGUUACAGAUAUCGCAGGGGCCCUCCACCCAGUCACCAACAAAACUACAGGGACAGUGGGGAAAAGAAUGAAAGACCGGAAAAAGCUCCUGAAGGCCAGGCCCAACAGCGCCGGCCCUACGGCAGGCGAAGGUUCCCACCUUUUUAUUUGCGGAGAACCUAUGGGCAUCGGGCACAAUUUUCCAACUACUCUGUGCAAGGGGAAGUGAUGGAGGGUGCUUACAGCCAGGCUUCAGGAGAACAAAGUAGAACAGUAAGACAAAAUACCUAUCCGGUGAACAGACCACGACUCCGCAGGGGCCCUCCUCAGCAAAGACAGACCAGAGAGGAUGGCAAUGUAGAGGGCUCAGAACAUCCAGAUGAGACCCAAGGUCAUCAGCCACCUCGCUGUCGGUAUCACCAAGUCAGUUAUUCUUCCCAGCGCAGACGCCCAGACAACACUAAAGCCCAAGAUGACAAGAAGACAAAAGCGGCAGAUCCACCAGCUGAGAACGCGUCUGCUCCCGCGGCUGACCAGGAUGGGGCUGAAUAA